AUGUCGUGGCGUUCGUCUUUCCGCUGCUCAAAGUUUCGCCACGUUUUCGGGAAGCCGUCCAGCAAGGAUCACAGCUAUGAUGGGGUGCCAAUCACACGCAGUGUCCAUGACAACCAAUACUGCUCAGUAAAUCCCUGCUUCUUGGCCGUGGUGACUGAGUGCGCCGGGGGCGGGUCCUUUUUAGUCCUGCCCAUCCAUCAUACGGGCAGGGUGGACCCUCAGCACCCGAGGGUGUGCGGUCACAGUGGGAGGGUCCUGGACGUGAAGUGGAACCCGUUUGACGAUCACUGCGUCGCCUCAUGCUCAGAGGAUUGCACUGUGAAGAUCUGGGACAUCCCCGUCUGUGGUGUCCAACAAAACCUCACCAAGGCCAGGAAGACUCUGAUUGGUCACACCAGGAGGGUGGGGCUUAUUGAGUGGCAUCCAACAGCUGAGAACCUGCUGCUUAGCUCCGCCUACGACUACAAGGUCCUCCUCUGGGAUGUGUCCCAAGUAGGCUCAGUGCUCAGGUACCCAGUCAGGGUCAUUCUGAAGCCCAUCUACAACCGCUACCCACCUGAUACGCUGCUGCUGUCCGUCAGCUUUAACAGUGAUGGCAGCAGGCUGGCGGUCACGUCCAAGGACAGGCGGGUUCGAGUCCUGGACCCGAGGACAGGAAAGAUUCUGCAGGUGUCCAGCAACAAGACCCACAGGGCCAGUAAGGUUUUAUACAUCGGAGGGUUGAAGAUGCUUCUGUCCACCGGCAGCUCACCCUGGAACCAGAGACAGAUCGUCCUCUGGGACCCUGACGACUUAUCUGAGCCUCUCUAUGAAGAAGAUUUGGACGGGUCUGCUGGAGUCCUGUUUCCGUUCUACGACCCAGACACGCACAUGCUUUACUUGGCUGGAAAGGGUGACGGGAACAUCCGGUACUACGAGCUGAGCACUGAGAAACCGUACAUCAGCUUCCUGAGAGAGUACAGGUCCCUGCUGCCACAGAAAGGACUCGGGGUGAUGCCAAAGCGCGGCCUGGACGUGAGCGCCUGUGAGCUUUUCCGAUUUUACCGCCUGAUUGCCAUCAAAGACCUGGUGGAACCACUGUCAAUGAUCGUACCACGAAAAGAGUCAGGUAUUUUCCAAGAGGAUCUGUAUCCAAUGACAGCUGGAAACCAGGCGGCCAUGACGGCUCAGGAGUGGAUGUUAGGGAUCAACAGAGGCCCGGUUCUGAUGUCCCUGAAGCCUGGGACUCAAGUAGCCAACCCUUACCCAGAAACCCCUGCUGAGAAGGGGCUGGUGAGGCAGCUGGGUUCCCUGAGGUUCCAGAUGGGUCCGGCUAUCGGUGCCUUCCUUGAGGAGCAGCUGGCCUACCAGGACGCCAAAUACCCCAGAGAGGUGAGCGAUCUGUCGGGGUGGCAGCCAGAUGAGACCCAUAUCCCACUGUGGACGUACUGCUGCACGCCACACUGCUGCGAACCAGCGGAGAGGCCGCCACCUACAACCGAGAGCGAGCUCCUGCAAGCAUUUUACAGACAGCAAGAAGAGAUUCGAGACCUGAGAGAACAACUUAAUCAAAAAGACGUGAGGAUCGCUCAGCUGGAGCUGGACAUCAGAAACGCCAGAAACAACAUGCGGGCGACCUUCUGAUUCAACCAAUCAGCUCUCACACCGCUUUUCUGGCACUGAACCAAUCAAACCACUCAAACAUUUUCAAUCCAUAUAGGAAACUGUCAUCUGCACAUAAUUGUUUGUAAUUAAAUAAUAAACUAAAGCCAUUGAU